CGCACCAGGGCGCCGGGGUCAACGCGUUGCACCUCUACCUGUGGCUCUUCCUGCUUGGCUUCCCUUUCACGUUGUACAUGGCCCUUCCUUCUUCCAUGGUGAUAGUAGCAAUCUACUGCCCAGUGAUAGCAGCUCUCUUCAUUGUUCUGAAAAUGAUAAACUACCGUCUUCACAGAGCACUUGAUGAAGGUGAGAUUGUGGAGAGAAAUGCCAAUCAGCACGUGGACAGGAGUGCAAAAACAGAGCAGAAUAACUCUUCCGCUAAGAGAAGGGACAGUAAUGGACCCAGUGAUCCAGGUGGAGGGAUUGAGAUGUCAGAGUUUAUUCGAGAAGCCACUCCACCAGUAGGAUGCAGUUCACGAAAUUCUUUUGCUGGCCUAGAUCUAAAUAACCAGAUUGGAUCAGGUUUAUCUCGUCGUGGAACUGCAGCCACCAUUAAAGGUGAUACAGACACUGCAAAGACUUCUGAUGAUAUCAGUCUGAGUCUUGGUCAGAGUUCUAGUCUUUGUAAAGAAGGGAGUGAAGAGCAAGCAGAUUUGGCAGCUGACCGGAAGACUUUCCAUCUGGUCUCCGUUGAUUCCUUUGUGUCCAUUCAACCCUCAUUAUCAACUGCACAGGAGUUAUCAAGGGACAGCACCGAUAAAGUGUGCCUUCCUAAUAAUCACCACAUAGAUCCUACUGUGUCCAGUGCAUGUGACACUGAAAUGGCUUCUCUUGUACCCUUGCAUUCACACUCCUAUAGAAAAGAUCAUAGGCCACGAGGUGUGCCAAGGACUUCCAGUUCAGCUGUUGCAUUUCCAGAUGUAUCACUAAAUGACUUUCCUCUCUAUCAGCAAAGACGAGGGCUGGAUACUGUCAGUGAAUUAGAAGCUUGCAAGCCUCGAACAGGAUCCAAAGAAUUGUUAGCUGAGAACUCAUGUAUUUCUGGUGUAUUUCAACUGGAUGAUAUUCUAAAAUGUAGCAGUCCACAGCUGCUAGCCAAAAGCAGCAAGAGUAAAUCUUUACAAGCAGAUAAAAGUGUGGAUAGCCUGAGAAGCCUGAGUACAAGAAGUAGUGGCUCAACAGAGAGCUACUGUAGUGGGACUGAUCGUGACACUAUCAGUACUGUCAGCAGCUAUAAAAGCGAGCAGACAAGUUCUACUCAUAUAGAAAGCAUGCUGUCAGAGCAUGAGGUGUCACCUAAAGAAGAGAAAAAAAGCAGCAAGAAAAAAGACUGCACUGUUGAUUCUGAUGAUUGUAACAUUGCUACUAACAAAAGGACGAGUAGGGAAAGAACUAUAGUUGAAACUAAUACCAGCAGUUGCAUUCAGGUAGAAGAAUGCCUGAAUGCAUCAGAGGAGAUGCACAAUCAGAGGGCCCUCAGUACCUCUGCUUCAGAAGAAGCGAAUAAGAAUCCUCAUGCAAAUGAACUAACAACACAAGUAGAACAGCCUUCUGGAAACCGUGCUGCAGGAAGAGAUGAGCAUAAAGAGAAAUCUUCCAUGGUUGACUCAAGAACUUGUAAGGAAAUGGUAGAAAAGCAGAAAGAGGGGGAUGUGCGACCUAAAUCAUGUAGCUUAAUUCAUCGGACAGCUUCAGCUCAAAAGUCCAGCAGGAGAAGGACAGGGAAAAAACGGGCUAGUAGUUUUGACACAAGUCGACACAAAGAAUAUAUUUCCUUCCGAGGUGUGUCUGCUACCAAGCCCCACAGUGCAGGUUUUUGCCACGAUGAAGACUCAAGUGAUCAAAGUGAUUUGAGCCGAACUUCGAGCAUGCAGUCAGCCCACCAGUUCAGCAGUGAUAGCUCUUCCAGCACAACCUCCCAUUCGUGCCAGUCUCCUGAGGGAAAAUUUAGUGCCCUAAAGACAAAAUAUAUUGCCAAAGAGAGAGGCACAGACUUGGAAAACUCUUACAAAAUCCACUUGGGCUCUGAUGCAAUUGUCAAAAAACAUUCAACCCGACAGACUCACAAUACAAACAGUGCCAAGAGUCGUACCAGGGUAUUAAGCUUGGAUAGUGGUGCGGUAGCCUGCUUGAAUGAUCCAAAUCUAAUGAUGCCAGAUACGAUAAAACAACUAACAACUUCUAAAUCUGACUUAGAGGCCAAAGAGGGAGAGGUGCUUGAUGAGCUAUCUCUGUUGGGAAGGGCUUCACAACUAGAAUCAGUCACUCGCUCUAGGAAUAGCUUACCAAACCAGCCUAUGUUUACUGAAAGAGAAGAGCAGGAAAAGGGAAGCAUUGGUAAGUAACUGGAGUACUUAGAUGUAGCACUGCCUGUUAGUGCAGUUGUUCUCUAAACACUCUAUAUUGGUUUAUAAGAAAUUUCAACUUUGUGGAGGUCUUCUAUAUUUUGGGUGUUUUACAUUUUAAGAUCAUUUUAUGCUAAUGCUAUUCUGAGUUCAGUUAACAUUAAAUAGUAAAUACUGUGGCAUAACUGUUGCCAACAUUGGAUCCCUCAACAGGAACUGAGAAAUGUUGAACAAAUAAAAACUCUGUAGAAUUGUUGGAGACGGACACAUUGGAAUGUUGAGAACGUGGUAUUGAAGCUUUUACAAAAUGGAUGUCUUGGCAGUCCUUACCACAAAACACCCAUUUGUCAAAAGACAAACUGGUGAAGUUGUUCCCUGCUACCAAAGAAUAUAAUCCCUACUACCUCAGGUUACCAUUUAUUUUCUGAUUUAGUGAGCACGCUUCCAAAUAAAACAGUGGGCUACAGCUAUCAAUUGUAUUCAUUUUCUAAGAAUUCCUGUGGUAUCCAGAAAAAUUAUGGUAAAUCAAAACAAUAUUACAGCCUAGUGCCAGUUUCCCAUUGGUUUUUGAUGAAAAAUUAAAUUAAAUUUUAAAAAGCCAGGUAGGGUAGGCAAUCUGGCACAUGCCCAAUGAGGUAGCUGUAGGCUUAUUGGUACCCAAGUAUAUGAUGCUUUGUAUUUGUCAUCUAGUGUAAUAUUUACUUUUACUGUGUUUCAUGUGUAAUAAUAUAAUCCCAUGAGGCAAAGUUAAAAAUACAGGUAGUCCUUGCCUAACGAUGA